AUGUCCGGCCUCCUAAACAAGCUCAAGAAGAACAAGACGCCGGAGCAGCUCGUGGCGGCCAUGGUGGAGGCCCUGGACCAAGGGCAGGACGCGCAGCUGGCCAAGCGGCUGAGCCAGAUCAAGUUCGUGCUCUACGGCGAGGAGGAGAGAGACCCCGAUGAGGCCAGGUGCAAGGAAUUUAGCAUUGCCAUCCGGCGGUCGGAGGCGAUGCCACGCCUUAUCGAGAGCUUACCGGCACUGCCCUUCGAGGCUAGAAAGGACGUGUCCCAGAUCUUCAGCAAUCUUGUGCGCAAGAACAUCGAGACCUUCGUCGAGUACGUGGAAGGGGAGCCCCUGAUGGUGAAGAACAUGAUCGGGGCGUACGGUAACACGGAUAUCGCACUCCACGGGGGCGCCAUGCUGCGGGAGUGCAUCCGCUACAAGAACCUGGCGAGGAUGACUCUUUACGACGAGACUCUCUGGCUGUUUUUCGACCAGUACGUCCACCUUCCCAACUUCGACGUGGCUAGCGACGCCUUCGUGACGCUGCGGGACCUGCUGACAAGACACAAGGCGGUGGCGUCGGAUUUCCUGGCCCAAAAGUUCGAGACGGUGUUCGACAAGUACAACAUCCUGCUGCGAUCAGCCAACUACGUCACCCGCCGGCAGU